UGGCCGGGCCGCUGCCCCGAGCCUGCUGGGCCACUCCCUCCGGGUCUCAGCGCGGUGCUGGGCCCGUCCUGCGGCCUCGGUGACUCCCCCGGGGCCGGCCCGCGACGCUCCCGGCUAGAAACCUCCUCGCUUCGUCGUUGCCGCUGCUGCCUCCCGUCCUGCCCGUCUGCGGACACCGGUUCUGCUGGCUGCCCUUCUAGCUGAAGAAGCAAACUGAUCUACAUGUGCUUCACUAUCCAUUGGAAGAAUGACAGAUGACAAAGAUGUACUUCGAGAUGUGUGGUUUGGACGAAUACCGACCUGUUUCACUCUGUAUCAGGAUGAAAUAACUGAAAGGGAAGCUGAACCUUACUAUUUGCUUUUGCCAAGGAUAAGCUACUUGACACUGGUAACAGACAAAGUGAAGAAACACUUUCAAAAAGUUAUGAGACAAGAGGAAGUUAGUGAAAUAUGGUUUGAAUAUGAAGGUACACCCCUGAAAUGGCAUUACCCAAUUGGUUUGCUGUUUGAUCUCCAUGCAUCAAAUACAGCCCUUCCUUGGAGCAUCACAGUGCAUUUCAAGAAUUUUCCAGAAAAGGAUCUUCUACACUGCCAUUCUAAGGAUGUGAUUGAAGCUCAUUUUAUGGCUUGUAUAAAAGAAGCAGAUGCUUUAAAGCACAAAAGUCAAGUCAUCAAUGAGAUGCAAAAAAAAGAUCAUAAGCAACUAUGGAUGGGAUUACAGAAUGAUAAGUUUGAGCAGUUUUGGGCAAUAAAUCGAAAACUCAUGGAGUAUCCUCCAGAAGAUAAUGGAUUUCGAUACAUCCCAUUUAGAAUUUAUCAGGCAACAACAGAGAGACCUUUUAUACAGAAGCUAUUUCGACCAAUUGCUUCAGGAGGACAGUUGCAUACUUUGGAAGAUCUGCUAAAAGAUGUGUGUCCGAGUGCUAUCACCCCUGAAGAUGGAGAGCAGAAGACUCAAGUGAUGAUUCAUGGAAUUGAGCCAAUGCUGGAAACACCCAUACAGUGGCUAAGUGAACAUAUGAGCUAUCCAGAUAAUUUUCUCCACAUUAGUAUCAUUCCCCGACCUACUGAUUGAAACUCAGCUAUAUUGGCAUGAGAAUCAUUCUCAAGCUGGAAUUAUAAGGGCAUGUCAACUUCUUGCUUCUGUCAGUCUUGACAGAGGCAGCCUGACCAGAAAAAAAAAAAACAACCCAACAACAACAACAAAAAAAAACAACCAAAAAA